ACUAAAAUGCUUUGGAAAUUACAGAGUCCAUCCUGGUGGAUCACCAAGGAAAACUCGCAAAUCUGCUCGAAGUGGUGCAGUGAACCCAAUUGAUGUUGCUACAACAUCAAAACGGACUGGGAGGGACCUGCAGAAGUUUGUCGUGCAGGAAACAGUUUCUAAAGGAAGAGGUGUGUUUGCAACUGAACAAAUUCAUAAGGGGGAAUUUCUGUGCAUAUAUAAUGGCGACCUCAUAUCAGAGGAAGAGGGAAGGCAAAGAGAGAAGGAAGAAGGCUCAUGUUUUCGAUUUUUCUUCACCACUCCAAGCACUUCACACACUGGAAUAAUUAGGAUGUGUGUGGAUGCAACCAGAGAACCUGAUGGGGAAGGACUGAUCUUAGGGAGGCUAGUCAACCAUGGCACUAAACGACAACAGAAUGCACAUGUAAAGGUGCUUCAAAUAGACACACAGCCAACACUCUGCCUGUUUGCCCUGCGCAAUAUAUCUCCUGGACAAGAGAUCCUGUAUGAUUAUGGGAUUUCUGAAAAAGACCUCCCAUGGAACCAGCUGCAGCCUGACACUCAUGCUGCUGGUGACUCUGCAGCCGAUGGUCACAUGAAAUGCCCUGCUGAAACUCAGGCUUCUGGUGACUCAGCAGCCGAUGGCCACUUGGAAUGCCCUGCUGAAACUCAGGCUUCUGGUGACUCAGCAGCCGAUGGCCACAUGGAAUGCCCUGCUGAAACUCAGGCUUCUGGUGACUCUGCAGCUGAUGGCCACAUGGAAUGCCCUGCUGAAACUCAGGCUUCUGGUGACUCUGCAGCCGAUGGUCACAUGAAAUGCCCUGCUGAAACUCAGGCUUCUGGUGACUCUGCAGCCGAUGGUCACAUGAAAUGCCCUGCUGAAACUCAGGCUUCUGGUGACUCUGCAGCCGAUGGCCACAUGGAAUGCCCUGCUGAAACUCAGGCUUCUGGUGACUCUGCAGCCGAUGGUCACAUGAAAUGCCCUGCUGAAACUCAGGCUUCUGGUGACUCUGCAGCCGAUGGUCACAUGAAAUGCCCUGCUGAAACUCAGGCUUCUGGUGACUCUGCAGCCGAUGGUCACAUGAAAUGCCCUGCUGAAACUCAGGCUUCUGGUGACUCUGCAGCCGAUGGUCACAUGGAAUGCCCUGCUGAAACUCAGGCUUCUGGUGACUCUGCAGCCGAUGGCCACAUGGAAUGCCCUGCUGAAACUCAGGCUUCUGGUGACUCUGCAGCCGAUGGCCACAUGGAAUGCCCUGCUGAAACUCAGGCUUCUGGUGACUCUGCAGCCGAUGGCCACUUGGAAUGCCCUGCUGAAACUCAGGCUUCUGGUGACUCUGCAGCUGAUGGCCACUUGGAAUGCCCUGCUGAAACUCAGGCUUCUGGUGACUCUGCAGCCGAUGGCCACAUGAAAUGCCCUGCUGAAACUCAGGCUUCUGGUGACUCUGCAGCCGAUGGCCACAUGGAAUGCCCUGCUGAGACUCAGGCUUCUGGUGACUCUGCAGCCGAUGGCCACAUGAAAAGUCUUAUUGAUACUCGGGCUACUGGGGACACUGCAGUGUAUGGUCACUUGGAUUACCCUGCUGACACUCAGGCAUCUAGGGACUCUGCAGCCAAUGGUGAUGUCUUGCUGAUUGACACCUGGGUUAACAGGAACUUUACAGCCGAUGGCCACAUGGAAUACUGUGCUGACGCUCAGGCUACUAAGGACUCCGUAGCCAGUGACAAAAGGGAAUGCCCUGCUGAUGUUUCUCCAAACAAGUCAUAUGUAGAGGACUCUGAUACAAGUUCAGAGAUCUCUUUCAUCAUUCCACUACCGUGCAACUCGAGAAAACCAUUGAUGGAAACUUCAAACAGAGCCACAGUUCCUGUAUUUCUGUACAAUGAAACAUACCUCAAUUCAUCAUGCUCUACCCCUCAAGAACUUGGGACAGAAGUUGCUCAUGCAGACAUGGCCAUGUCACCUGCUGCUGAUGGUGUGGCACAGUUCGUAAGUUGUGACGUCAUGUCUUUGUUGGCGAGUAUGCAAAAUGACAGUGCUGGAGAUUGUCAACACUUGAUUUCUGUGUCGGGGGAAAACACUGCUUGUGAUGACAAUAAUUCUCAGGCAAAUGGAGAUUCUUCUAAGCUUGUUGAUUCUUGUGUACUGCAAAACUGUCCAAAUGGCAAAGGGGAAAGGGCUAGUAGUACUGCUCACAUUGAAAGUGGCAUUGCAUCACAUGCCAGUGCGAGAAAUUCACCAUCUUCAUGUUUGCCAGUUACUGAUAGGGCCUGUCCUGUUGGUUCUUGUCUUGAUGGCUCGACAGUUCCUGAUGAGAACUCUUCUGAUGGACAUGGUGAUGGCAACACCCCUGAUGGUAGUGACGAAUCUCUGUGUGUUUCAGAUGAUGACAUGCACUUUUCUGAUGAAUCCAAAAUCCCUCCUGAUAGAGAUACGAUAUAUUUCCCCCCUGUCUCAAGAAGUAAAGAAACAAAACAGAGAGUUUACAACAAACGUCAGGCUUGCUUUUUCUGUUCUAAACUUGUAACAAAAAUCAGCAAGCACUUACUACAUGCUCACAAAGAUGAAGAAGAAGUGAAAAGGAUUGCAUCUAUGGAAGUUAAAACCACAGAGAGGGCCAAAGCUUUUGAACUUUUGCGAAAUCGUGGAAAUUAUUACCACAACAAAAUGGUCAAGGAAUUGAAGCAAGGAGAGCUCAUAAUGGUUAGAAGACCUUCAGAUGAUGGUAGUGACAGCACAGACUAUGGGCCCUGCCCAGAUUGCUUGGGGUUUUAUCGCAUCAGUGACUUUCGAAAGCACAUGAAGUACUACUGCAUUGCCAAGGAAAGUGAAAUAGACACCGAAGACAGUUUCAGAAAUGUAAAGCUUGAAAGUUGUCUACUCAUGAAUGAUUUCGCAGAAGCAUCCCCAUUGGUGAAAACUGUUCUAGUAGGAAUGAAGCAGGACAAGAUAUCCCAAGUGGUGAAGCAAGAUCCCCUAAUAAUUCAGCUGGGAAAUGCACAUAGUCGCACUUUUGGGAUGGACCCGCAGAGAAGAAGGCAUUAUGUUGCUCAAGAAAUGCGACUGGUUGCAAGGCUUAUGAUCAAUCUACAUGAGAUCACACAGUCAAAUGCUUUAGUAGAUGACUUUAUUGAGCCCCAGAAGUUUGACACUGUGGUACGUGGUGUGCGCUUGACAUCAGGCCAGACUGAUGAAAUUGAGCGACCUUCAGUUGCCUUAAAACUGGGCCACACUCUUUCCAAAUUGGCGGCAAUCAAAAGGUGUUCAGCCCUGAGAAGAGGAGACAAGAAAGCUGAGCAGGAGGCCAAGUGUUUCCUUAAGCUCAAAGAAGCUGAAUGGGCCGAGCAGAUCUCAUCAGAAGUCCUUGGCAAAAUUUCUCAGCGCAAGUAUAACAAGGUUACAGAGCUUCCUGAAUCUGAUGAUGUAAAAAUGUUCACAUCAUUCCUGCAAGAAAACAUCGAGAAAGCAACAGUGAACCUGGAACAACGAGCAUCUGCCGUGAAUUUUCGGAGAUGUAGUGAGUUAGUCCUUGCUCGACUCACAACCUUCAACAAACGAAGAACAGGCGAAACAGAGCAGCUUGCUCUCAAGUCGUAUACAAGUCGGCCCAACUGGGAUGCAGCAAGUAUCUCCGACAUAAAGCAGUAUCUGACGCCUCUUGAACGCCACCUAAUGCAGGAAUUGGAUAUGGUGUAUACACGUGGUAAACGCGGGAGGAAAGUACCCAUUCUGAUUCCGGCAGAGACCAAGGCAGCGAUGGAUCAGCUGACAACUUGUCGUGAUGUUUGUGGGGUACCCAAAGAGAAUCCAUACUUCUUUGCUCGACCUGGCUGUAACACCAACCUACGAGCCUGUGAUAGUCUGCGAGAACUCACUAAGGAAGCCAAUUUGCAGAAACCGCAUCUAAUUCGCACCACAAAAAUGCGAAAGUAUACAGCAACAGUAAGCCAGAUCCUCAACCUCAAGGACUCUCAGUUGGAUUGGUUAGCAGACCAUCUUGGACACAGCAUCAAUGUUCACAGAGACUACUAUCGUCUCUCUGCACCCACUAUCGAACUGACAAAAGUAGCCAAACUUAUGUUGGCCAUUGACAGUGGCAAUGUAGGGAAGUUUGUGGGGAAGUCCCUGGACGAAAUAGAUCUUGAUGACAUUCCUGUGCCAGAUAUGGAUUCAGACACUGAAGAAGCUCAAGUCGGUACUUCCGAAGCAGCAGCAGGGUCCACAACGCACACCAGGAAGAAACGAGGCACUGGAGAUGUGACAGAUGUCCGUGCCUCUGCAGUGUCCAGCCCGAUGCAGUCUCCAGAACCAGGUCCCAGGCCAACAGGAGAGUCCAAUGCAGCAGCAGGGUCCACAACGCACACCAGGAAGAAACAACGCACUGGAGAUGUGACAGAUGUCCGUGCCUCUGCAGUGUCCAGCCCGAUGCAGUCUCCAGAACCAGGUCCCAGGCCAACAGGAAAGUCCAAUGGCACUGCUCCCAAAUCUCGAAGGCCAUGGAGCAAAUCCGAAACUUCGGCUGUUUGGACAGGACUACACGAAAUAAUAAAGUGUCACAGAGUUCCUGGUAAAAGUGAGUGUGAAGCAUGCAUGGAAAAAAUGCAUCCUGCUCUCAAUCAGCGGUCGUGGAGGGAUGUUAAGUACAAGGUGAAAACUAUUCUAUGUGGCAUCGAACGGGACAAAGAAAAGAACUGAAACAUUCAUAGAGUUGCAUAGUAUAUCCUUGUUGCAGUUGAAAAAUGUUAACUUUAACAUUUAUUCCACAUUACAGCAAAUGUCCCUAUUUUAUACAUGUAUCAAAUAGGAUCAUUUCUGUCCAUAUUUUGCAGGUUGCACUUGAUUGAAGUGCAAACACAGACUGUUAUUGUCCAUUUAUGCAUGGCAUGAGGAUGAAGGAACAAAUUAUGAUGUUGGAAUACCCAGUGAAAGUUUUUUUAUAUGGGUACAUGUUUUUUUCUUAUUUUUGUGUAAGCCAUAUCGUGUCAACAAUUUUACUUUGCUUUGGUGUACCAAUUAAAAUGUUACGACUUUCAUUUAGAAGAUGAAGUGGACAACCAAUAGAUACUGCAGGUUUUAAGAGUUUAAUAUGGGCGUUUGUAAAACAAAGAAAUUGAAGUUGAUUUCCAUAGUGAAAAGGUAAUAAUUGUAACAUCUCGAUGCAUUUCUUGGUGGAACAUUUACUGUAAGAAAUGGCAAAAUCUUUUCUUGAUGGUGAAGUAAUUUCUUACUGUGGCCAUUUUCAAACAUGGCAGUGCUGCAACAGGGCUGUUUCUAGGCCUAGUCGCUAUGACUGUAUCCAAAUCUAUAGCUUAAAGUAAACGUUACCUGCUGCCAAUUUUAUGUAGAAUUUGGACCUUAGUCCAGUACACAGAGAAUUGGACUCCAUGCAGACACACUGGCAAGUAAUGUGCAAAACAGAACCGAUACCGACCCAACUCGAAACUGACGGGGUCGGGUCGUGUCGGUUUUCCAUCAUUUCAGUCGUGUCGUGUCGUUUUUUUUCAUCAUUUCAGUCGG